AGAUGGCAGAUCGAGGAACAUUAUCCACAGCCCCGCACUCUGGCCAGGAAGUUAUACCAUAGCUAUCCUUACAAUUCUACGUAUAAGGACAUAAAUUGGCGAUGGCGUCUAGCAUUGCCCCAGCUCCGGUAAUCCCAGGCCGCAUAACAGCGGAUGCACUAUCAAAGAUCUUGUUAAACCCAUCUGAGAGCAACAAGGUUGCAGUUAUCGAUGUGAGAGGUGAAGAUCACAUCGGCGGCCACAUCCUCUCCUCCAUGCAUGUGCCCUCCAACACUCUCGACCACGCCAUUCCCUCCCUAAUCCGCAAGCUUUCCGAUAAGGAGAUAGUGAUCUUUCACUGCGCAUUAAGCCAGGUUCGAGGUCCCAAAGCAGCGGCUCAGUAUAUGCGCGAGCGACACCGCUUGCUGGGACCACAGGGCGCUGGGAGGGGAGACGUGGGGAAGACGUUGGUGAAAAGCAAGGUUCGGAGUGAGGCAACGGAAGGUGGAGCUUCGGAUUCCAAGAAUGGCGAAUGGGUUGACGAAGGGACGGCAGAAGAGAAGGGUGAGGAGUCAAAACUGAAGGAGCAGAAGGUUUAUGUGCUGGAUAAGGGGUUUGAGGGAUGGCAGGAGGUUUACGGAAGAGACAAGAGGUUAACUGAGAACUGGUCUGAGGAGUUAUGGCAAUCUUGGUAGAAUAUAUUAAUUGGAAGGGUUCUCUUGCUUUUGCCACAUCGUUGUGUAACCAAGAGAAUUAUUUUACUUACAGUUACUGUAAAUAUUGCCAUAUGUGCAGUCA